ACAGUAGCAGACAGCCUCCUGGUGGAGGAAAAGAACUUUCAACAUAUUCGCGAAUUUUUGCAUGCUGAUGUCAAAAGAUGAGCGCGCUGAGUAAAAUUCCUCUGCCCGCUGAGAAGUCCUUCAGGAACAUCCAGCAUCCAACCAUGUUAUCCGGCUUGAAACGCAGUACCUUGGCUCACACACUUCUUUUCGGUGCGUACCUGACCACCGGAUUGCUUUUGAAUGCUCUGCAAGCGAUCGUGUACGUGCUCAUCCGUCCUAUCAAUAAGAAGUGGUUCCGCUUCUUGAACAAACAUCUCAUCUAUGGAAACUGGGCUCAGAUCGUAUCGCUCGGUCAGUACUGGAGCAACUCGACGGUUCGAAUUUUCAUGGAAGAUCCAGACGCAGUCAACUCUUUCGGUUCCGAGCACGGAAUCGUCAUCAUGAAUCAUUCCUACGAGACUGAUUUCGUUUUCUGCUGGAUGGUUUGCGACGCCUUGGAUAUCCUUCCGAACUGCAAAACGACGGCGAAGAAAAUGAUUGCGUACGUACCCGUCAUGGGCUGGAAUUGGUUCUUCGGUGAGAUGAUCUUUCUAGAAAGGUCGUGGGAGAAGGAUCGCCAGACUCUUCCUCAGAAGUUGGACCGCAUCCUGAGCUACGACGAAACGAUGCUCUUGCUCAUGUUCUCGGAGGGAACUCGUUUCACCAAAGCCAAACACGAAAACUCGCUGAAAUUCGCGAUUGAGAACAACCUCCCUCAGUUGAAGCACCAUCUUCUACCCCGACCGAAGGGCUUCGCUUUCUGCACAAAAUAUUUGCAAGGAAAGAUGAAGUAUCUGUACGAUAUCGAGCUGUGCGUACCGAAAGAUGUGGAGUAUCCUCCUACAUUCACAUCUUUGCUGCAAGGCAAACCGUGCCACGGGGACAUGUACGUCAGAAGAUACGCAAUCGACGACCUGCCCGAUAACGAAGAAGACCUCAAAAAAUUCCUUUACAAGAUUUACGAAGACAAGGACAAGGUGACUGAGUAUUACCACACACACAACAACGAGUUCCCAAAAGGUUGUGUAGAACUGAAACUGGAGAAACGUCUGCGGCCAGGAUUGAUUCAUCUGGGCAUGGUGACCGCCUUCACGAUCCCGAUGGCGUACUGGACGUUGAAUGCCUUCUGGCUCUCGCCGUCUGUACCCCAGAUGAUUGCAAUCUUGUCUUCUUUCGGCAUAAUUUACGGCGCUCUCCUGAAGAUGGUCGGCCUCACAGAGACUUCAAAAACAGCUUCCCAAUACGGCACCAACGCGGAUGAAUCUGGGAAGAAGUCGCGAUGAAGCGAUUGAGCUGAAUGAUGUUUACUAUCUCGAUUUUCCUCCAGCAAGUCUGUGACUCGUACAGGAGGAGCAGUUUGCGCAAACACGUGUGAGCCAAUGGUAUUAUCAAGCGGGAGAGGGAGAAAUAAGGGUUGGUUACUUAAAUGUGCAUUUCACUCAGAUGUAGAAAUAAAUGUUCAAUCAUUCUCCUGAGGCCUACAUUAAGGAGAGAUGACUCCGAA